GGGGUCCAGGCAGCGGGCCGAGCGAGCGAGCGGAACCAACUGUAUUCCUGCUGGAGGGGUUGUCCUGGAUUGAGGUUCUUGCACCAACCCGUUUGGGUCCUGCGGCAGCUGAAGGGCAUAUUUAAGACAAAGAUGGCGAUUGUAAAGAACUUGGGCAGAACCCUUAGUCAGUUGCUACAGAGCCCCGGUUGUGGAUGUCAGACUUCCAUUGUGCCAGUUAGAUGUAUUGGUGUCUCACCACGUCAGGUGACCUCAGAUGCCAGCUUCCAUUCAGUAUCUUUUUCAGAGACUGAUCAUCCUCGAGUAUUAAUUACAGGGGGCCUGGGCCAACUUGGGGUGGGACUCGCUAAACUCUUGAGGAAGCGUUUCGGAAAAAACAACGUGAUUCUGUCUGACAUUAGAAAACCACCAGAUGAUGUCUUUUAUAAUGGUCCUUUUAUCUACUCUGAUAUCUUGGACUACAAGAAUCUCCGUGAGAUAGUGGUGAACAAUCGAAUUACUUGGCUGUUUCAUUAUAGUGCUUUGCUCAGUGCUGUUGGAGAAGCAAAUGUUCCUUUGGCCAGAGCGGUAAACAUUACUGGUUUGCACAACAUUCUAGAUAUUGCAGCUGAGCACAGUUUGAGACUCUUUGUCCCUAGCACAAUUGGAGCCUUUGGACCCACCUCUCCUCGAAACCCAGCUCCAGACCUCUGCAUUCAGAGACCCAGAACAAUCUAUGGAGUCUCCAAGGUUCAUGCUGAGCUCAUGGGAGAAUACUACCACUACAGGUAUGGGCUAGACUUCCGAUGUCUGAGGUAUCCUGGAAUUAUCUCUGCUGACUCUCAGCCUGGUGGGGGAACAACUGACUAUGCAGUCCAGAUUUUCCAUGAUGCCAUAAAGAAUGGCAAAUUCCAGUGCAACUUAAAAUCAGACACACGCCUCCCAAUGAUGUAUAUUGAUGACUGCCUGAAGGCUACACUAGAUGUCAUGGAAGCACCUGCUGCUUCACUUAGCAUGAGGACUUACAACAUCAGUGCCAUGAGCUUCUCUCCUGAGGAGCUGGUGCAAGAGGUCAAGAAGCAUAUUCCUGAGCUCCAGGUGACCUACACUGUGGAUGCUGUCAGGCAAGCCAUUGCUGACAGUUGGCCGAUGAAUUUUGAUGACAGCAAUGCCCGGCAGGAUUGGGGAUGGAAACAUGACUUCGAUCUUUCUGAACUGGUGACCACAAUGUUUAACAUCCUUGGCUCUGACUCCCGGGUAGCCCAGAUUAACUGAAACUCCUUUUAAAACAUGGUUUCCAAACUCCGACAGAGGACCAGGGAGAAACUGCAGAAUUAGUUCAUUGUGCUCUAAGUCUUAUAGCAGGUAAAUUAUAAACUUUCCAUAUAUUGCAAUAGAGUUGGGGUUGAAGUACUAUAGUUUGAAUUCAGUGUGGUUAUUUGAGACCGUACCAAAUUAUUUAGCAAAACUACAGCAUGAUUAAAUGAGAAACAUAUAGGAUUCUUGAAUUUUAGCAUUUAAGAAGCUAGAAAAAAUAUCUCUUACUACAGGGCUGGUAAUCUAUCCAGUCAUUCCAAUACCUGAGUAUCCUUCUGAAAACAACACAUAGCAACAUUACAAAGCCUUGUGCUUAGACACAUACUGAAGAAUUGACAAAUUUUACAUUAAUUUUCAUUUCCUGAGUGGCGGUAGCUAAUUGUGGAUUGUAGGAAAAUGGGAUUGUCCCUUCUUUCUCCCACCAACAGUUAAAAAUAAAAUGGCUCUUUUGAUCGCUUAAACUUGGCAAUGGUCAUUAAAGUUAUUCAUUUAAAAAGGAAACCAUUUAGUUAAUAGCUCAACUUUGCAGGUUUACAUAGCACUAUAGCUAGCUAUAAUUUGUUUACAGAUGAGAUUCAGAAUGUUUGUAGCAUUACUUUUAUGUCCAUACAUGUAAAGGAAAACGAGACUUGAAUUCAUUAUGCUUUUAAAAAUACAGUGUUUUCAAAACAAGCUUUUUCGUGUAUGUAGAAAUUCUGUUGACUUCAGUUUCAUUGUGAAGAUGAAUUUGGGACACUAAAAUCUGUGUUGCAUAUCUGAAUCUAUAACUAUCCUGUUUAAAGUAGGCAAUUCCCAGGAAUGAGUUCACCUUGAAUUAGCACCAUACUUGGCCUGUUUCCAGUGCCAUUUACUACACCAUUGUGAUCAUAUGCCACAGAGAGCAGGUUUUUAAAGGUAGGUUGAGACUUGAGUCAGUUGUAAAGCUGAGCCAGUCUUGAAAAUACCUGUUCUGUUCACUUCAGAUUGUGCACUAUGUAUGUGUGUAUUUGUAGAUCCUAUUUAUGUGUAGGUAUAAUAAAUCUGUAUGCUUCAGAGGAGUGGAAUCCAGAAGCUGAGACUGUACCAGCACUUCUUUAUUUCACAAAUUGAAGAAAUGGAGCCAAAGGCAGCCUUCUACUUUAUCUGAAUCCAAUACUUGAAAGUACAAGUUUUCUCUAGUUGCUGAGUUAUGUGAAAGGUUGAAUGUUUGUUUGUAAUUAAUGGGACUGAGUUGAUUGAUGUCCCAUAAUCUAUAUAAAGAGUGGGGGGAGUGUACGACCUCACCUUGCCACCAAAUUCUAGCUACAGUUGGUAAGGGCUAUCCUACUUCUUUAGUUUCAUACAUAGGAGAUUCUGGGACUGAUGCUUGAGUUUUAAUGGGGGCAGAAGGUUAAGGCCCACUUCUGAGGCUUGUUAGCUUGGUCUUUCCUGACACUAAGAAAUCAGGUUCCUCAUGCAGGACACAUGUUUCUUUGGGCUUUGUCUACCUUUUUUUUUUUUUUUUUUUUUUUUACUGGAGAAAACUUCGUGUUACUAUAGGUGACUCUGUGCUCCUCUCCUUUCCUCUUGCUCUUUGUUACACAUAAGAGAGAACUGACCUAGUUUAACAGUAGUUAGUGCUAGACUUCUGGAGGCCACUUAAACCUGAACGCACAAAAGGAGUCGGGCAUCAAUGCAAUGCAAAGAACUCCCCACUGAAUCCUGUAGGUGCCUAAACUCACUUGGCACCCAAGUGUUUGCAGUAAAAGUUCCCUAGAUGUCUGUGUUUCUGCCUCCAACUCCUGCCUAAGCCCCAGAGCAGUUCACAAUCCAGGGGAAGGUGGGCAUUUGCUCACUUAAGUUGCAUAUGUGGCCUGAGCUGGUAAGCUCAAACAACUCAGGAAGAGUGGAAGAGCAUGCAUGCAUGCAUGAGACUGACUCUGUUGCCUGGUGAUUAGAGCACUCAGAUGAGUGGUAGGAGAACCAGUAAACUGUCCCUCACUCUCCAAUUACUCUAGUUUAUCUAGAGUGCAACAGCUUCAAGAGAGACUGAGAGCGCCCCUCGUCAGAAUAUCCAAUAGCCCAAUAGUUAGGCAGAUCUCAGUUCAAAUCCCUUCUCCUCAUCAGAUGGAGGAGUGUCUCCUACAUCCCAGGUGAAAACUUUUAGCUCAGUGGUUAGAGUAAUGAUUCAUAGAUUCUAGAACUGGGAAGGGACCUCAAGAGGUCAUCGAAUCCAGUCCCCUGCCCUCAUGGCAGGACCAAAUACUGUCUAGACCAUCCCUGAUAGACAUUUAUCUAACCUACUCUUAAAUAUCUCCAGAGAUGGAGAUUCCACAACCUCCCUAGGCAAUUUAUUCCCGUAUUUAACCACCCUGACAGUUAGGAACUUUUUCCUAAUGUCUAGCCUAAACCUCCCUUGCUGCAGUUUAAGCCCAUUGCUUCUUGUUCUAUCCUUAGAAGCUAAGAUGAACAAGUUUUCUCCCUCCUCCUUAUGACACCCUUUUAGAUACCUGAAAACUGCUAUGUCCCCUCUGUCUUUUCUCUUUUCCAAACUAAACCAGAUGAGCUCCAUCUCCCCUGCUUCCUGCUAAAAUGGCAUAGGCCCCAACACCGAGAGGGUUUGUAAUGGAGAAUCCCAAGCAGAGAGAUGUGCCUCCUUGCAGCCCAGACACAGGCACCUAUCACCAAGACAGGGGCAGGACGUAGCACACACCCAUGUCAUCAGCAUUUCCCAUUUAUCUUAGGCAGCACUCCACCUAGCAUGCUAGCUUUUAUGAAUUGCAGUCCAAGGUGUAACUUCUGGCUUUGUGAAUCACAGUGGUUUUCUAGGUGCUUAAUUAGGCAUUGGACGGUCACAAUGCAUAACUGCUUUUGUGAAUUCAGGCCUUUGCUACUGGACCUUAGACAGAACUCCACUAUUUUAUUACGGAAUCAACCCAAACCUAGUAUAAUUUUUCUUGUAAAAGCUCUAAGAUUUUCAUUAAAAUUUGUAUUUAACAUAAACAAACUUUUAAAAUAUCCUGUUGUAAUAAUUGGGGUGGCAAAUUUACCCUAAUUGUAAGCUCAGUUGUGAAAAGUAUAUGAAAAUCCAUAAAAUUUUACAAUAACCUAUCAUACAUGUUGAUGGAAAUCAGGUCAAGUUGCUUUCAACAAUGAAUGUUAUAACAUUAUAAAUAUGUGCAAAAGAACCAGACAGCCACUAAAUUAGUUCAAACAAAAAAACCCACAUUAAAUAUCCUUGAGUUGUAUCAAAAUCAUACUUAGUAGAAAGAGAAGAUGUAGAACUGGAAAUUAAUGGCCCCAAACGGUUAUAUUAGACAUUAGGCCUAAUUGGUGGACAAAAUAAUGAGGGGAUGGGCUAUUCCACCCCCAUUCUGUUUGUGGGUCCUUAAAGAGAGAGACUUUGGAGUGGAGGGAAGAAUAUAGAAGAACAGACAGAGGCUACUGAAGUGAGCUUCACCAUUAUGGCUGCAUCCCUACUAUCUCCUAGAACCCCAAGCCUUCUCAAUCUUAAUCCUGAGAUGUCCUGACCAAGACUGAGAUGACAUAACCACCUCUACCAGCUCCAGCUGAAUCCCAACCACCACCUGGAUUUCGCAGCAGCAACAGCUCCUCUCAAUGAACUUCUCUUUUCUCCCAAAGGACUGUUGUUACCAUCUGUGAUCCUAUCUAGGAGACUGUCAAACCAAGGGUGUUUUCCUUCUUAAAAUCUCUCCUCAGCUGAAGGGAUGCUGUUAAAAUGGA